UGUGAAGAAUGUCCAGAGGAGGAUUCAAGAGUAAUUAUGGAGGGGGUGGAAGAGGAGGCGGGGGUUUUAGGGGAGGAGGAAGAGGAGGAGGAUUCCGGGGCGGUGGAGGAAGAGGUGGGGGGAGAGGAGGAUUUGGAAACAAAUAUGACCAAGGCCCUCCAGAAACAGUUAAAGAGCUUGGGGAGUAUGUCCACCCUUGUGAAGAUGAUCUGGUCUGUAUCAGCACUAUAGAGGAUGUUCCACAUUUCAAUGCUCCUAUUUUUCUAGAAAACAAACAACAAAUUGGUAAAGUGGAUGAGAUCUUUGGUUCUAUCAGAAAUUUUUACUUCUCUGUAAAAUUAUCAGAAAAUAUGAAAGCAAAAUCUUUUUCCAAGAGCACAAAGUUAUUUAUAGAUCCCUACAAGUUGUUACCACUACAGAGAUUCCUUCCUAAGCCCCCGGGGUCAGGAGGAGGGCGAGGUAGAGGGGGAGGAAGAGGAGGAGGGGGGCGUGGUGGGGGCAGAGGACGAGGAGGUGGGCGAGGAGGUGGUGGUGGUUUCCGGGGUCGCGGUGGAGGGGGAGGGUUCAGAGGUCGUGGGGGAGGAGGAAGGGGUCGAGGGGGAUUUAGGGGGAGGUCAGAUGCAGAUUAUGUCAAUAAAUGA